GUUUUUACAAUAGCCAAUAAAUUAAUUCGUAACAAAGUUUAACGCACGCGCAGAAAAUGUCGAGUUUGACAGAUUAACUAUGCUGAGGGAAUUUUCGGUGUUUUGUGCUCUUCUUCGGAAUGCAUCGGAGCUGAUGUUGAGAAUCCGUCAGCUUGAGACUCAUGUGAAGGUGCUUCAGAGAGCCAGCAAAGAAGAGAACCCUGUAGCUCCACCUAUGCCCCGCAUGGCUAUGAAGAGGAAAAAGAAGUUUCGUCCCAGUGACUUCCACAAGUACACCAUGUAGCCCUGACGAUCAUGUACCUCGGCCAUGACUACACAGGAUAUGAUGACACAGAGGAAGUGGAACACAGUUGUCUCUCUUGAUGUACGCGGCAACUUGGGGUCGGGGUGAAGGUGAGAGAAGGGAUGUCAGCGCAUGAAAGACCUGGUUCAGCUGCAGGAGAAGAACGUACAAGUAUUUCUUCCCUAAAGUAGACCUAAAUAUACUGCUCAUGGAAGAAGCCUGCAAAAAAUUGAUUGGCGAAUAUGACUUCCGCAACUUCUGCAAGUUCAAUGUUAAAGAUGGCAUUACAAACUAUGUUCGAAAAAUCAUGGAGGUUGAAGUCAAGACUCUAGAUGAGACCGAUGACGGAUUCACAAUGUGCGAACUCACGAUCGUCGGGAGGGCGUUCCUGUGGCAUCAGAUUCGCAGCAUCUUUUCUGUGCUGUUCCUUGUUGGCAAAGGGAAAGAAUUGGUUGAAGUGGUUGAUGAACUUCUGAACAUUGAGAAAAAUCCGCGUAAGCCGCAAUAUAACAUGUCAUCUGACGCGCCUUUGUGCUUGUAUGACGCUGACUUUGGAGGAGAAUAUGAGUGGAUUUACGAAGCUGAAUGCCAUGAAGACAACCUCACCUCCCUCCAGCAGCUUUGGGCUGAGCAUUCCAUCAAAAGCAAUACUGUGACAUUGCCCUGGUGUGAUCUGAGUCCCCCUUUACUGAUGCAGUCUGAAUGGCUCGUAGAAGACAGGAAUCCUAAGGUGCUGAUGGAGAGACAGGGAGGCUGUAAGUAG